AUGUCCAUGAAAGCCAUCGUCAUCUCAGCAUUCGGCCCUCCCGAAACUCUCGUCGUCAAAGAGGUCCCCAAACCAGCGCCUCCUCCAAAAACCGCCCUCAUCCGCAUCCAGGCCUUCGGCAUCAACCACGCCGAGAUGCACAUGCGCCGCGGCGAAUGGGCCGAAUCCGUCCCUAUUAGCGGCAUAGAAUGUGUCGGCACCAUCGAGGCCUGCCCCGGCGGCGAGUUCUCACCAGGAACACCCGUCGCCGCGCUAAUGGGCGGCCUGGGUCGCACAAUCCCAGGCAGCUACGCAGAGUACACCGUCGCGAGCGUGAACAACAUUGUUGCGCUUGGCACGCCCGGUGACGAGCUGCCCAUGCCUUGGGCCGACGUUGCGGCGCUACCAGAGAGCUACGCAACAGCCUGGACGUGUCUUUUUCGUAACUUGGACCUGAAGGCCGGCCAAAGGCUGUUGAUCCGGGGUGCUACGUCGUCAUUUGGCCGCGCGGCAGUCAACCUGGCAGUUGACGCGGGAGCAGUGGUUACAGGGACCACUCGCUCGGAAUCCAAGUUUGGCGAGUUGAAGAGGCUCGGCGUGACGAAUGUCGUUCUUGAAGGCGCAAAUCUUGGAGAUAGACUUCAAGAGCAAGGUGCUUCCGGCAAGUUUGACGCUGUAUUGGAGUUGGUUGGGAAUUCUACUGUGGUAGAGUCCCUGAAACUGGUCAGGAGGGACGGCCGUUUGUGCCUCGCGGGCUGGUUAGGCGGACUUGAUCCCAUUCAGGGACCUGGACCGAAGCCCGGGUUCAAUCCGUUGUUGCAAAUGGCUAGCGGUGUUCAUUUCAGCUUUUUUGGAAGCUUUGUGUUCGGGUCCGACGAGUUUCCCGUGUCGGAUGUUCCGCUGAGGGACAUUAUCGACAAGGCGGCUGAAGGCAGGUUUGAUGCCCGGCCGUGGAAGGUGUUUGGCUUUGGGGAGAGUGAAAUUCGAGAUGUGCAUCGGGUCAUGGAGGCGGGUGAGGCUGGAGGGAAGAUGGUUGUGGCUUUGAAGUAG